CUGUUACCAAGAUGUCGCAAGUUGUGUCAAUGGAUGCUGACCUCUAGCAGAAGUAUUUCAAACAGCGAGAAGUCUGAUAUGAGAAGUGGAACCUGUCAUGUUCGUUGCACGAAAAUAAUUUGUUAUGUGUGAUUUAACGGUGCACCUUCUGGCAGAGAGAAAUAAUGCGUAAUCCCGAUUGUGCAUAGUGCGUACACAACUUUUGGCACUUCGUACUGUUUACAUACAGGCAAGUCACUCGCAUCUGAUAAUACAUAAGUGAAAUUUAUAGCCAUGGGCAGUGUGAGGUAUGCCUUUGUUUCUACUGGGAAGCUAAUAAAUGUGCAUAGUUCCAGUAUUUAUCGUGGGAUUUUGUGCUAUGUGUUCCGCACUGGCUCAAACCCAUUUGUUCGACGUGGUUUGGUGACAACCUCAUCAUUGUUUAAGGUUGUAACAAAUUCUCCUGGUAGUGACUCAGAUGGUGGUAGUGUAAAGGUUGAAGGAGGUGGAAAGAAGGGGAGUUCUAACAAAGGAACAGGCAAAGAUGGUGGAAAUCAUCUGACAUGCCCUAAAUGUGGUGAUCCUUGUACACAUGUAGAGACAUUUGUAUCUUCAACACGGUUCGUAAAAUGUGAAAAAUGUCAUCAUUUCUUUGUGGUUCUGUCAGAAGUGGACACCAAGAAAAGUUUAAAGGAAGGUCGUGAGGACCAAAAAAGUGGAUUCUUCAGAAAACCCCCACCACCUCCUAAAAAGAUAUUUGAGUACCUGAAUAAGCAUGUUGUAGGGCAAGAACAUGCCAAGAAAGUUUUGUCUGUGGCUGUGUACAACCACUACAAGAGAAUAUACAAUAAUAUACCACAGCAGCAGCAAAGUAACAGCAGUCACAGGCAGGACAUGGCAGUCAUGGAGCAAGGACCUCAACAUUCAUUCACUCAUAGAGACCUGCUGCACAUAACAGGGAUUGGGCAUGGUGCAUCAGGUCUUGGUGUGGGGUUUCAGCAUACACCACCCCCUGAACCAGAGCCUCGGCGGCCAGCAGCGUCAAGCACGAUGGGAAGUGACAUUCUGGAUUCUAACAGCCAUGAACUGAAGUUAGAGAAGAGCAACAUUCUCUUGUUGGGACCCACGGGUUCAGGGAAGACACUUCUAGCACAAACAAUAGCACAGUGUCUGGAUGUGCCAUUUGCAAUAUGUGACUGCACGACUCUAACUCAGGCAGGCUACGUGGGCGAGGAUAUUGAGAGUGUUAUUGCAAAGUUGCUUCAGGACGCUAACUACAGUGUUGAAAGAGCACAGAUGGGAAUUGUUUUCCUGGAUGAGGUGGACAAGAUUGGAGCUGUGCCAGGAAUUCAUCAACUGAGAGAUGUUGGAGGUGAGGGUGUGCAGCAGGGAAUGCUCAAGAUGCUGGAGGGAACUAUUGUAAAUGUGCCAGAGAGAAACUCCCCUCGCAAACUACGCGGAGAAACUGUUCAAAUUGAUACAACAAAUAUUUUAUUUGUGGCUUCAGGAGCUUACAAUGGCCUGGACAGACUUAUCAGCCGGAGAAAAAAUGAGAAAUACCUUGGAUUUGGUGUACCUGCCAGUGAGUCACCUGGUCGGCGUGCUGCAUCACUAGCAGACCAGGCUCACCAGAGUGCAGUCACAUCAGCUGAAGAGGAUAAUGCAGAGAAGGAUGUGUAUCUAAAACAAGUUGAAGCUAGGGAUCUCAUAGAAUUUGGCAUGAUUCCAGAAUUUGUGGGUAGGUUUCCAGUUCUAGUCCCAUUCCAUUCUUUGAACACAGAACUUCUAGUUCGGAUACUUAGUGAACCUCGUAAUGCAGUGGUACCACAAUACCAGAUGUUAUUUGGUAUGGAUAAAGUUGAUCUGACUUUCUCGCCAGAAUCGUUAUUGGCCAUUGCACGACUUGCCAUGGAAAGGAAGACAGGUGCGCGUGGUUUGCGAGCUAUUAUGGAAACACUAUUACUUGAUCCAAUGUUUGAAAUCCCUGGUUCCGAUGUGAUGAGUGUCCACAUCACAGAAGAUGUCGUUAAUGGAACAAGUCCGCCUGUAUAUAUUCGAGGAAAGCCAGUUUCACAGGAUGAAGAAGAACAGACAAUUGAAGUGCAAGCACGUGCUAAAGUGAAGUAGGACUCGUGUAAAUAAAUUUCAUAAGAAGUUGAUGGUUUCUUUCUGGGGGACUGCCUUAAGUUAAUAUUGCUGUUAAAUUUAAAUCAGCAAGUCAGAAUAUUUUAAAUGCUUAAAGAAACAAUUGAUCAGGGAAGUAAAUCAUCUCAUUACUACUACUACUAUUUUAAAAUGUUACUAAUCUGUAAGUACAAAACAUUUUAGGGUUUUGAAAUGUACAGUUACAUUAGGAACACACUGUUCUGUUUAUAGUUUGAUAGGCUGAGUGAACUGAACACUCCUGUAUAUCUUA